CCGCCCAGGCCCGCCCCGGUCCGCCCCGCCGCCAUGGCGCUGCGCUUCUCCGCCAACCUCUCAUGGCUCUUCCCGGAGCUCCCGGCGCUGCCGGCGCGGCUGGAAGCGGCGGCGGCCGCCGGGUUCGGAGCGGUGGAGGCGGCUUGGCCGGCGGGCUGCCCGGCCCAGGAGCUGCGGGCCGCGGCGGAGCGGGCGGGGGUGCGGAUCGCGCUCCUCAACACCCCCCCCGGGGACCAGGAGGCGGGCGAGCUGGGGCUGGCGGCCGUGCCCGGGCGGCAGGCAGCCUUCCGGCAGGGCCUGGAGGCGGCCGUGCACUACGCCAGGGCCGUGGGCUGCCCCAGGAUUCAUGUGAUGGCUGGGCGGGUUCCCUUGGGCACAGACCGGGCUGCAGUGGCAGGUGAGAUGGAAACCACCUUCAUUGAGAAUCUCAGAUACACUGCUGACCUCCUGUCCCAGGAAGACAUGAUUGGACUGUUGGAGCCUAUUAACAGCCGCAUCACUGACCCUCACUAUUAUCUGAACACCCCACACCAAGCUGCUGCCAUCCUGGAGAAAGUGGGACGGCCCAACCUGAAGCUGCAGCUGGACCUUUUUCACUGCCAGAUCAUGGAUGGCAAUUUGUCCCGCAAUCUGGAGACAUACUUCCCACUCAUUGGUCAUAUCCAGAUUGCACAGGUACCAGGGCGGCACGAGCCCGAUAGCCCUGGGGAGCUGAACUUCCCCUACAUCUUCGAGCUCCUGGAGUCCCUCGGCUACACUGGCUACGUGGGGUGCGAGUAUGCUCCCAAGGGAGACACCCUGGAAGGUCUGGGCUGGCUGCGAUCCUACUGGGAGAGCCGAGGGCUGCAGCAUGGUGGGACCAGCAAGGCAGCCAAGUAAAACUAGAAAACCAUGAGAAUAAAAGACAAAGCAAUGGCUUAAAAGAG